AUGGAAGAGAAACACAUCUUAAAACCAAGAAAUGAUGGUGAGAGUCUAAAGAUAGCAGAGGGAAUAUUACGUCGCAGAAGAGUUCCUGAUAGUGAUAGAAGGCUUAAAUUUAGGGAAGAAAGGAGAAAGAUUAAAAAAGAUUUACAUAAGCCAGAAAUACAAACACUACAGAGAAUUCUUAAGAAAUCCAGAAAUAAUAUUUUGGAUAAGAGAAGACUUAAAAGCAAGGAUAAAAAGCCAUAUUUAACUCCAAAGAAGACUAAUGGUAGGCUUAUAGUAUUAGUGGUAAGAAAUAGCAGAUUUUGUGGAUCAUUAGAAUCAGCCAGGAAGCUUCGCAGUUUAGGAUUGGUAAAUAAGUUCUCAGCUGUGAUUUUGAGCCACACUGAUGAAACAAUUCGUAUAUUGAGAGAAGUGAAGCCUUAUGUUUUUUAUGGCUUUCCAAAUUUGGGUUUGUUAAAAACUUUAGUCUUUAAAAAAGGAGCAUUUACUAAUCAAGAUAUUCAAUCUAAAGAUAAGACAAAGUCUAAAAUUAACCAGAAUAAUAUUCUCCUGACAGAUAAUAAUAUUGUAGAGGAUAGACUUGGUGACAUUGGUGUUUUGUGUACUGAAGAUAUCGUCACAGGACUUUGGAAUGGUUGUGAGACUCAGCAGGAUAAGGAGAUUUUUGAGUCUAUUACGAGCAAUCUUGCUCCUUUCCAGCUUUGUGAUUUAAAAAAAGCAGAGGGGUUUGACGCUAAGAAGUUUGAGAGUGGAUUUCUUGGAAAGAGUAUCAAUGAAAAAAUCAGUAGAAUUAUCUAG